AUGCUUGCGCGUAACAACGAGCUCGAGAAAGCAAUGCAAAGCGUGCGCGAGCUUGAGGAAAAGUUCAAUCACCAGUUUGGCUACCCGUGGGUCUUUCUCAACAACAUGCCCUUCUCCCAGGAGUUCAAGGAGAAAAUGAGCGCAAUCGUCUCGGGACCAGUGACGUUCGCACUGACACCGCCGCACCACUGGUAUCAGCCGGGCUGGAUUGACGAAGAGAAGGCAUCUGCCAGCCGCGAUCAGAUGGUCGCAGAUGAUAUCAUCUACGCAGGUGCCUACCGCAAUAUGUGUCGCUUCAACUCAGGGUUCUUCUACCGCCAUCCCGUGCUGCAGCAAUACAAGUGGUACUGGCGGGUUGAGCCGGACGUCCACUUCCAUUGCGUCGUGGACGAGGACCCAUUCGUGAUUAUGGAGGAGCAGAAAAAGGUCUAUGGAUUUACCAUUGCGCUGCUUGAGUGGGAGAAGACCAUUACGACGCUUUGGAAGACCGUGAAAGAUUUCAUCGAAGAGAACCCUCACCAUGUCGCGCCGAACAACUCGAUGGGCUUCUUAUCCGACAACGACGGGGAAACCUACAACCUGUGCCAUUUCUGGAGCAACUUUGAGAUCGCCGAUAUGGACUUCUGGCGCGGCGAGGCGUACACCGAGUUCUUCCACUACCUCGACAAGCACGGCGGGUUUUACUACGAGCGCUGGGGCGACGCGCCUGUGCACAGCAUCGCCGCGGCGCUAUUCCUAAACAAGGACCAAUUGCACUUCUUCGACGAGAUCGGCUACGAGCACGCGCCGUUCACGCACUGCCCGCACGGCUCCGGCGUGAGCAAGAAGAAGCAGUGUAGCUGCCGUGGCUGGCGCAGCUUCGACUACCAAGGCUACUCGUGCUUGCGCAAGUGGGAGCGGAUAUACAAGUGA